AUGGCGGACGAACCCAACCGAGCGCGGCGUCAGGCUUUCGUAGAGCUGCAGAGCCGGAUGAUCGAGACCACCGGGAAGAUCAAACAGCUACAAACUCAGAUGCGUUCUAAAGAGAGUGAAAAGAAGCGUGCCUAUCUUACACUGGAGGAACUUAGCCAAUUACCUGAUGAUACGAACACUUACAAGGCCAUUGGUAAAGUGUUUAUUUUGGAGCCGAGAUCACUUAUGGUAAAUGAGCAAGAGAAAAAGCUAAAUGAUAGUGAGACUGCAAUAUCAUCGAUGCAGACUUCCAAGGAAUAUCUUGAGAAACAGUUGGGAGAAGUGGAGAACAACAUUAGAGAGCUACUUCAGCAGGACCCUGGGCUUGCACGCCAGAUUCUCUCAAUGACUGUUCAGUGA